AUGCCGCUCGAACCAGUGGGUCACUUUCGAUACUUUAUAGCCUUUGGUUCAAACGAGGGUGCCCGCUUGCGAACCAUCACAAGUGCUCUACGGAGCUUGUGUGCCAUUGGAGAGAUAGACGCGACCUCGAACCUAUACGAGACUGAGCCGCUCUAUGAGGCAUCCCAGCCGGUGUUCCUGAACGGUGUUGUGGCGCUGCAAACAGAUCGUGAACCGUUUGAACUUCUUUCAGAACUCCAGCGCAUCGAAAAAGACCAUGGUCGAGAGCGCUCGACUGAUACGGAAAAGCGCUUCGGGCCUCGCACCCUCGACCUGGACGUGCUGCUUGCGGAGCGGUGGCAACCGAACGGCUUCCGCGGGUUACCGCCAGUCACCUCGUCGCGUUUAACGAUACCGCACCCGAGAAUAAAAGAGCGCUCAUUUGUUUUGCGGCCAUUGAAGGAUCUGGGUAUAAGCGUUAGGGACGCGAGACCACUACCUGGUCGAGUGCAGCAGGUGUUGGUGACAGCCAACGAGAUGGUGUUGCCGGUGCGACGCUGUGCAGCCGGGAUGCCGCACGUGAUGGGCAUCCUCAACGUCACACCGGAUAGCUUCAGUGACGGUCACCCAGACAACUUGUCGAUGGAGAAAGCGCUGCGUACUGCGGAGCGCCUGGUGCGACACGGAGCCCGUUUGUUGGAUGUUGGUGGACAGAGCACGCGUCCGGGUGCUGUUCGCAUCUCGCCUGCUGAGGAGGCGGCUCGUAUUUUGCCGGUUCUCAAGGCACUGCGGGCGCGAUUCCCUGCUCAAAAAGGUAUCUGGAUAUCGGUGGACACAUUUUAUGCCUCAGUUGCGAAGCUAGCGAUUGAGCACGGUGCUGACUGCAUCAACGAUGUAAGCAGCGGCCGGCUGGAUCCGGGAAUGUUGCCUUUCCUGGCCGAGGCUCAUGUUCCAGCCAUAUUCAUGCACAUGCGAGGCAACCCGCAAACCAUGAUGGAUCAUGCUAACUAUCCGGAGGGUGAAGUUGUUGAUGUGGUUGCUUCCGAGUUAGCGGAGCGACUUGAUGCAGCUCAGCGAGCAGGCAUCUACCGGUUUAACCUUAUUGCCGAUCCGGGUCUGGGCUUUGCGAAGCACAGCAACCAUAAUAUAGCGCUGUUGAGAGGCUUGGAAAGAUUUCGUGAGCUUCUGAGUCGAGGCCGAGGUGAGUGGCCCAUGCUUUUAGGCGUCUCCCGGAAGCGAUUUCUGGAGCAGUUCGCGGCUCGUUCGGCAACAUUGCCCGAUGCCGCCGCAACCACAUCAGGGAAAGAGGCGCAAAAAGACAACUCCGUGCCGCUGGACGCCGCAGCUCGCGACUUUGCCACGGCUGGGGCUGUUACCUGGGCCGCCCUGCACGAUGUCGAUAUCGUGCGCGUCCAUGAACCUGCCGUCUGCGACGCUGCGCGCUGUUUUCUGUACUUGCAACGAGAUGCGGCUUCCCGCAGUGCAGCCGCUUCCACAGAAAAUGAAACGUGUGCUCCGUACUGA